AGUCUUUCUCCCAAACCUCUUUUCUCACCUAAAAUAUUGUCUCUUUUUCAUGGUAUCUCAUCUUCUCUGCUUCAUCAGCCAACUUCUACUCCCCAACAUCUUUCAAGAACACAGCUCCAUUAUACAAUUACAUGAAGAAGAACGCCCAUCACCAGCUCUACUGCCUGUGCCUUACACAAGCAUUAUUGCGCCAAACAUGAUAAAGGAGACACUUCCAGUGAUCGAAUUCAGAAAAUAUUCAAGAUUACAACAAGGAGCUGUUGGAGAUCAUGAUUGUGCAAUAUGUUUGGGUUCAAUUAACGGGAGUGAAGAAAUCAGGGAGCUUAUGAACUGUAACCAUGUCUACCAUAAGGAGUGCCUGGAUAGGUGGAUGGAUGAGGGAAACAACGUAACUUGUCCCUUGUGUAGGCUUAAGCUACUGCCUGAUGAUGAAACUUAUGAUCAUGAUGGAAAGGAUAAGAAAGAUCCAUGGAGGAUGGAAAGAAUUGCUUAUCUAUUCGGUGAGGAUUGUUUGUUCCAGUCCUUUUGAUCAUCAUCUAAUUGACUUUUGACCUUCAAUUAAGACUUUUCUUUUCUUUUCCUGUAAAUUUCCACUUGUUUCUCCUUUAAUUUAAUGUUUCAGUACUCAUUAAGCACACUUUGUUUAAUGUUAGAAUGUAUUUAUACAUAAAUUUUUUUAUAUUUA